AUGGAUGUGCCACAAAACGUCUCAGCGCAAUGGCACGAUGAAAGCCUGCAAGCCGGAGGUCCAAGCGCUCUUGACCGAAUCUGCUCGGAAGCUGACGGAAAACCAGGAGAUGUGAUACGCGUGAGCCCCAACGAGCUCUCCUUUGCCAGCGUCAGUGCUUGGAAAUCCGUUUACGGCGUCCAGAAGGGCGCACCUAUCACCAAGAACGAGUUCUGGGACAUGAUAGGUCUUGGCUUCGACGAAGGAUCCAUCGGCUCAGAGCGAGACUACCAUCUUGCGGCUCAGAAGCGCGACUUGUUCGCGGACGCUUUGUCCAAUCGAAACUUGGUACAACAAGAGCCGAUCAUGCAGCAGUUUGUCAGUCUAUUCGUGGAUAAGAUUGGGAAGCUGGGCGAUACUGAAGGGGGGAUGGACAUGGGCCAGUGGUUUCUGUACUUCGGCUUCGAUCUAGGGACGAAGAUGGCUUUUGGAGAAUCGUUCGCAUGUCUUGUGAGAGAGAGUGCACACGAAUGGCUCACCCUUGUUUUGCCUCUUUUCUUCAUAAUCAACAUCGCAGACAACUUCAGGCGACUUCCUUUGGUCGUACCAAUACUCAAGUUGAUCCCGAUGAAAUGGUUACAGGGUGUCCGCGGAAAAAUCGUCAAGUACUCCAAAGACCAGACUGCAAAACGCCUGAAAAGAUCUGGACCGCAGAAUGAUUUCUUCGACAACUGUGUCGAGAAAGUUCACAAAGGCGAUGUGACUGAAGAGGAAAUGGCGUCCCACUUGUUCACUUUCAGUGUUGCAGCAGGGGAGACCCAAGCAACGUCUAUGACUGGUAUCCUGUACUACUUGCUCAGAGAUCCGGAAAAGCGUGACGAGCUUCAGCGCGAAGUUCGAGGGGCUUUCAAGUCCACUCACGAUAUGGACGUUGCCUCGCUUCUCAAGCUACCGUACCUUCAGGCGGUGCUAAAGGAAGGCAUGAGGAUACAUCCCGCAGUGCCGCAGGGUCUGCCGCGUGUCUCGCCUGGAACAAUGAUUGAGGGUAUUUAUGUCCCUCAAGGAACUGAAGUGUACGUGUCUGCGUGGUCACCGAGUCAUGAUGAGCGCUAUUUUCAUGACCCGUACGCUUUCAAACCGGAGCGCUGGAUCGAUCCAGAUUGCCGGGAUGUCAAGGACGCAAGCCAACCGUUCGGACUCGGGCCUAGAGUCUGCCCAGGAAAGCGGUAA